CAACUCUUUAAACUACAAAACAAAGUAUUUGUAACAAAACAAAUCAUAACCCGCCAACCAAACAUGAAACACCUUCCCAUAUUCCCAUUUCUCCUCACCAUUUCAACUCUCUUGCUAACCUCAACAACAUCAAUAAGCACCAUCACCCCAAACCAAAACAUUAGCGACGGUCAAACCAUCAUUUCCGACGAUGAACUCUUCAAAAUGGGCUUCUUCAGCCCCUCAACAAGAUCGAACAACCGGUAUUUCGGAAUAUGGUACAACAAAAUUUCAGUCACAACAGUUGUAUGGGUUGCCAAUAGAGAAAAACCACUUAAUGACACCUCAGGUGUCUUAACACUCAAUGAUCAAGGAACUCUAAUGCUCCUUGACCAUACACAUAAUAUUAUAUGGUCAUCAAAUUCGUCGCUAACCGCCAACAACAAUAUUCCAGUAGCACAGCUGCUGGACACUGGAAAUCUUGUGAUCAGGAACGAAAACGACUUGGCGGUCGAAAACUACUUGUGGCAAAGUUUUGAUUACCCUGGGGAUACUUUUCUACCGAGCAUGAAGUUUGGUAUUGAUUUUGUUAAAGGUUUGAAUAAAUAUUUGACUUCAUGGAAGAGCGUUGAUGACCCUUCUAUAGGGGAGUAUACGAAUCGGUUUGAUUCGGAUGGGUACCCGCAAAUUCUAAUGCGAAAAGGGUCGAAAGUGGAGUUUAACUCCGGGUAUUGGAACGGGUUGCGGUUUAGUGGGAUGCCGAAUUUGAAGCCGAAUGAUAUAUAUACCUUCGGGUUCGAGUUUAACGAGAGGGAGCUUUAUUAUAAGUAUGAGCUUGUAAGUAAUUCUGUUGUGUCGCGGAUGAUUUUAAAUCCGGAAGGGCGGAUACAGCGGUUUAUUUGGAUCGAACGGGCGGGAGAGUGGCGGCUUUAUGUGUCUGGACAGAUGGAUAAUUGUGACCGUUACGGGUUAUGUGGGGCGUAUGGGAUUUGUAAUAUUAAUGAUUCACCGGCUUGCGCGUGUUUGAGUGGGUUUGAGCCUCGGGAACCGGAGGAAUGGAGACGGGCCGAUUGGUCAAACGGGUGUGUGAGGAGAGUUGAGUUGAGUUGUGAAGGGGGAGAUGGGUUUGUGAAAAGAUUGGGUGUGAAGGUGCCGGAUACAAGAAGAAGUUGGUAUAAUGUGAGUAUGAAUAUUGAAGAAUGUGAGAGAGUUUGUUUAACGAAUUGUAAUUGUACGGCUUAUGCAACUUUGGAUAUUAAGACAAGAAGUGGAUGCUUGAUUUGGUUUGAUGAUUUGGUUGAUAUUAGAUCCUAUGCAGAAGAUGGGCAGGAUAUCUUUAUACGAAUGGCGGCUUCGGAAUUAGAUACGAAAGCUAAAGCAAAGAGAAGGGUGAGAGUUAUAAUUGUCCCUGUGCUCGUGUCAGCUACCGUUCUAUUGGGCAUAUGCUUGUUUGUUUACAGGAAAAGAAAGCAGAAGAAGAACGGAGUAAACAGCGUUGUUAUGGUUCGAGAAAACAACUUUGCCAGUGACAAAAAGAAGGAAGAUUGGGAAUUGCCAUUGUUUGACUUCAACACAAUAGCAAAUGCAACAAACAAUUUUUCAGAUGAUUGUAAGCUUGGUGAAGGUGGUUUUGGGCCUGUCUACAAGGGAAUCUUGGAGGAUGGGAAAGAAAUUGCUGUGAAAAGGCAUUCAAGAAAAUCAAAACAAGGACUAGACGAGUUCCAAAACGAGGUUAAAUGUAUCGCUAAACUUCAGCACCGAAAUCUUGUGAAGCUUUUAGGAUGCUGCAUUGAUGAAGACGAGAGAAUGCUGAUCUAUGAGUACAUGCCCAAUAAAAGCUUGAAUUCUUUUAUAUUUGAUGAAGGAAAAAGAAAGUCAAUGGACUGGUCAAAGCGCUACACCAUUAUAAUUGGGAUUGGAAGGGGGCUUCUCUAUCUUCACCAGGACUCAAGGCUAAGAAUUAUUCAUAGAGAUUUAAAAGCUAGCAACAUAUUAUUGGAUAAAGAUAUGAAUCCAAGAAUUUCAGAUUUUGGUUUGGCAAGAAGUUUGGAUGGAAGUGACACCAAAGCAAAUACAAGAAGAGUAAUGGGAACCUACGGAUAUAUGGCACCGGAAUACACCAUUGAUGGAAUAUACUCAACGAAGUCUGAUGUCUUUAGCUUUGGUGUAUUGGUUCUAGAGAUCGUAAGUGGAAAGAAAAAUAGAGGAUUUCGUCAUGAGAAUCAUGAUCUCAAUCUUCUUGGACAUGCCUGGAGGCUGUACAAGAAUGGGAAGCAGUUGGAGUUGCUUGACGGGGCGAUCAAGGGUUCCUAUGUGCAUUCAGAAGUGAAACGGUCAAUUCAUGUCGGUUUAUUAUGCGUGCAAAAGUAUCCUGAAGACAGGCCGGACAUGACCAUGGUGGUUCUUAUGCUAGGUAGCGAAAUUCCAUUGCCUGAACCGAAACAACCUGGUUUUUAUACAGAAAGAAGGAGACCAGCAGAAGCAGAAUCUUCAUCUAGUAAUCCUGAAUGGAGUUCAUCCAACCACUUAAGUGUCACACAUUUGCAACCUAGAUAGAAAAUAUCUAUUUGUUAAACAAAUUUCUAUAUUACUGCUACACUACACAGGUUACAAGAUUAAGCAUUGUAUUUUUUGUAAAGCAAUGUGCCAUAGACGAUGCAGUCGUAUAUAAUGAUUUGUCGGCCCAAGCAUAUGUUGCAAA